UGAAGUUCAAUCUUCAAUGCGAAGAAAAUUAUUCUUAGUUUGCGCAUAGCUAGAACCAGAUUGUAUCUGUAUAGUAUAUAUAUAGUGAAAAGUGAUUGCACAAAGUGAAAGCAAUUAUUAAAAUUUCAACAUGACAUUCCUGAAAACUAUACAACCAGGUUUAAAAUUAUUUCAGACAUCCACAAAAAUCUUAAAUGUACCUGUACGAACUAAAUAUUAUUUUAUUAACUCGGAACAGCCAUCGUUUCUUGAAAAUGCAACAAACAGAUCAUUGCUUCUAGAAAUCAUACGUGGUAUUGGAAUUACACUUUCUCACUUCUUUAGUGAACCUGCAACAAUAAAUUAUCCUUUUGAAAAGGGUCCCUUAAGUCCAAGAUUCAGAGGUGAACAUGCAUUAAGAAGAUAUCCUUCAGGUGAAGAAAGAUGUAUUGCAUGCAAAUUAUGUGAAGCAAUUUGUCCAGCACAAGCAAUCACUAUUGAAGCAGAGGAAAGAGCAGAUGGAUCUCGCCGUACAACAAGAUAUGACAUAGACAUGACAAAAUGUAUAUAUUGUGGAUUCUGUCAAGAAGCUUGUCCAGUGGAUGCAAUCGUGGAGGGUCCAAACUUUGAAUAUUCGACAGAAACACAUGAAGAGUUAUUGUAUAAUAAAGAAAAAUUGCUGAAUAAUGGAGACAAGUGGGAGUCAGAAAUUGCUAGUAAUAUUCAUGCAGAUUACUUGUAUCGCUAGACAAAUUGUAAAAUUUAGUGAAAUAUAGUAAUAAUUACUAAUAAUUAAUAGUAAUAAUAGAAGAUGUCUAUUAUGUGUGAACUAUUUUAUCAAUAAAAUGUUCACUAUAUAU